AUAUAUAUAACCAAAAAUUGGCGAUAACCAAGUUAUUUUCUGUUUAUAGAGCUGGUUAAGUUUCUUUAGUAAAAUAUGGAGGGAAAACGCCGUGUUUGCCACAUACAGAGAGGCGACAGCGGCUUUGGUUUCAUAUUAUGCUGUGAGAAUGCCACAACAGAUACAUAUGUUUUGCAUGUGUUAAAAUCCUCACCCGCCAGUAGAGCUAAACUGUCGCCCGGGGACCGAAUAAUUGAGGUAAACGGUUUAAAUGUUGAGAGAGAACCACAUAAAGAAGUUGUUGAACGAUUACAAGGUUUACAAAGCGUUAAACUGAUCGUGGCGCACAGUCGAGCUGCUGAAGAAUAUUUCAAAACACCUGGAAAUGGGAUGACAGUUAAGCCGCUAGAUGAUGCUAAUGAGCUCAGACCAAAGUUGGUGACAGUUACACGAACUAGCUCGGGCUUCGAUUUUGUUUUGCAAACUGUAGGGAAAUCCCCCAAGAUGAGCACGGGAAAGUACCGACAACAGUUGAAAGGAAUCGCAGGACAUUAUGUUGGGACACUAGACAGGGAUGGGGUCGCGUAUAAAGCUGGGUUAAGACAAGGACAUCGGUUGAUUGAAAUAAACGAAACAUCGAUUGAACAAGAGUCUCAUAGUUACGUCAUAGCGGUGAUUCGUGCGUCACACACGGUUAGACUGUUAGUAGUUGACGAAGACACGGAUGAAUUCUUUCUACGUCACGGAAUUUCCCCGUCGGCGAAACAUUUGGACGGAAAACUCGAGUUGGGAACUUUCCCGUCGCCGAUACUCGAAGGAAAACCAAUAGAACGAACAAGACCUUUUAUUUCAAGCCCAAUGCCCUAUUAUGACGUCACACGUUCCCCGUCGUCGCUAAGCGACAUCGCCCUCAUGCGGAAAAUGGCGAUGUCGACGCCCGAUCUUAGCACGUUCGGAAAAUCGACGUCACAAAGCCCCGGCUUCGGGAACCCGUCGAACCCGAACCGAAAAGAGCGCUCGAAAGUUAAAAAACGUUUCAGUCUAUUCGACAAAAAAAAGAAAUCGGGAUUUUAUAAAAGUUCGGUCGAUUUGGCUUCUGGGAGAAAACUAUACGAUGAAACGAUUAUUAGUGAUUCGGAAUCUUCGAAAGGUAGUUCCCCAGCACCGAUCCUUGAGCAACCGGAUAUCGUUAAUGACGUAACAAGGCGAAACGGAACGCCAAUAACUUUCGGCGGCAAUCAAGAACAAACCAAAACCACCUCUCUCAAGACCGGGGCUUCCCCGCCGUUGAAACCCAGUCCUAAACUCGUGAAACAACCGCAUGCUCCUCCCAACCAUAUUGACCACGCGGCCGGGUAUGAAUCGCCACCACCAGGAUACGAAUCCCCGGACGAUUUAUCCACAGUUGGCUACAAGGUUGACUUGAAAACAUUAAAAGAUCACGUCCGCAAGAGGUCAGGAAAGAGCUCGCCCGGAAAACCCCCAAUGAGAAACUACGCUCUAGCGCACCAUGCGGUGAACGGGUACUAAGUUGGAAGAAUCGAAAAAUGAGAUUUCUAUAAACAUUAAACUUUUUUAGUAUUUCAUAUCUACGUCACUACAUUAUACGUCAUUGUUUACGUCAUCGUGAUUACGUAUCACGAGCUAAAAUAUUCAUAGAUUUCCAUCAAGUGAAAGUUCAUAUAUAGUCACAGCAUUCUGUUUGCUUGACUAUACUCCCUAUCAAAAUAUUUAACUUCCGAGCUUAAGAAUAUGAAACUGAUAUAUUUUACUGUACUCCCCACAUUGCGUCCUACAAAGACCUAUACGUGGGCGAUCUCUAGCCCUACCUAACGGAAAGGGAUUUUCAAUAUAAUUACCACAUAAAAUAAUGUAUUUAACCCAAAUAUACAGAGUCUUUCCAUUUUUUAAACCGGUGGCAAAUGUUAGUCAAUAAAACUUCAAUUA